CGCUUUCCUUCGAUAAAAUUGCCAAAUAAUAAUGAAUCAUUUCAUAAAUAAUGGGUUUAGAAGCUUAUCAGGGCAGGCGGGCCACUGCUGGGGUUUUAUCUCUCUCGGCCACAUUGCAGUAGUGUUCCGCUCUCCAUACUAAAUAGGAAACUGGACGUGAUGUGGAAUUAGAGCCUACCCAGCUGAAGCCACCCAACACUUACUACAAAUAUAGCCGCGAUGCGUAGGCCACAAAAUGGCUCCACUCACUUUUCCCAAUGAAAAGCAAAUGGAUUUAGCAGUUUUAUCCCGGUGCGGGUGUCCUUCCUCCCUGUAAAGUCGUAAGUACCUUGAGGUGGGAGGAGUAAAUUCAGCCUGACACCGAGAGCGCUUUUGUUGAAACAGGAGAGACUUGCGGUGUCCCUACUUAAAUAUGACACAUGACGAUGGACAGGCCUCCCGCCCCGCCGCCCCCCAGUGACCCCCGCGAUGCCCGCCCCCCCCGGCGGCACGACUCGGAAGCGGAGAACACGAGCGAGCCGGAGAGCAGCCGCGGGGGCAUGGAGGCGCCGGCGGACCCCCAGCUGCUGCUCAACGGGGCGGCCAAGGAGGCGGGCCGGCCCUCCCCCGGGCCCCCCGCCGCCCCUGUGCCCGUCAUCGAGCUGGUGCGACGGGGGGGCUCCCUGGACAUAAAAAGCCGGGAGGCGGCGGGAGAGGCGAUGCAGAGAGCGCCGGGUGCUGAGCCGUGCCGCGCCGCCGAGGCUGCCUGCGAGGCCCGCAUGGUGCAGCUGAGCCCUCCCGCACUCCCGCUGCAGCCCCCCGGCAGGGCCAUGCUCUACAACCUGGGCCAGCCGCUGGCCACCAUCAACAGCGGGUUUUUCGGCGAGCCCGACACCUUCUCGAUGUACGGCAGCAACCGGGUGAAGAGAAGACCGUCACCCUACGAGAUGGAGAUCACGGACGGUCCUCAUACGAAAGUGGUUCGUCGCAUUUUUACCAACAGCCGGGAGAGGUGGAGACAGCAGAACGUCAACGGGGCCUUCGCAGAGCUUCGCAAGCUCAUCCCUACCCACCCGCCCGACAAAAAACUGAGCAAGAACGAGAUCUUACGCCUGGCUAUGAAAUACAUCAACUUCCUGGCCAAGCUGCUCAACGACCAGGAGGAAGAAGGAAACCAAAGGGGCAAAGUGAACAAAGACUCUGGGAUAGUCCAGGAAGACCUCCUGCAGGACAUGUUGUCUCCUAACUCUAGCUGUGGAAGCUCUUUAGAUGGAGCAGCAAGCCCGGACAGCUUCACGGAAGAGCACGAAACACUAGAUUCGAAGCACACGCGGAGCCUGCACCACGCCAUUCUCCCUGUAGAAGGCAACGCGCAGCGGUGAUGACGUUCCGUAUCGCUCCCAAAGCACCAACAGGGAAGGCGAGACCUGAGCAUGCGGGUGCUGGAAUCAGUGCCUGUGGGAUUUGUGACUCUGCCUUUCCCCAUGGGCUCCCUGUCCUUCCCAGCCCGGGAGGGAGCAGCCGGCACGUUGGCUGAGGACAAGACCAAACUAGAUGGACGUUCAGUAUUCAGGUACGUGAUCGUACAAAGAAGAAAAGCAUUGAAGUCAUCUUCAUUGUACAUACAGCUCAUGAUGUGACCCUGUGGAGGGGAAGGAGACACGGCCAGCACCUCUCCAGCAUUUAGAGGGCUUUCAGACCAUUGGACGACCGUUGCUUUUUGAACAGUCGCCUGGUUGAGACAUGAAACUCCUCUUUCACUGCCGGCAGAGGCCACUGAUGCUUUCCAGCUCCACGUGGCACUGGAGACUGAUGAACCCUGCCACUGCUGCAGCGUUUCUCCUGUGGCUUAUACAAAUGGCCUGAGCAGGAGUUGGGCCCACGUGCUCCUGCUGUCCGAGAGCUUUUGACUGUAUCUUUUUAAAGAGGUGAAAAAACAUCCUCAGCAAAAGGACUAUUAAAAGGAUUAAGACUAUUUCUUUUCCUCUCUUUUAUUUUUCUAUUUUCUUUCUUUUUUCCUUUUUUAUUUCCUUUCUUCCUUCCCCUUCUACCUAACUUUUGAUUGUUUGGGGUUGUUGUAUUUAUGACAUGGGAUUACUUCUGUUUAACGCUGUCAUGCAGUAUCCACUGAAUGAAAAGGUACAUAGGUGUUUUCUCCUGCUCUCCCAGUCCCUGAUUCUUCUGCUGGUAAUGCUCAGUGGAUAAGCUUCAGGCCUGUUGUGAUAUCCUGGAUUUUCCCCAGUGGUUUCUGUAGGGCCAGAGCUUCUCUCAAGGAAAAUGAAUUGAUAAAGGAAAGAAAAAUAAACAUUUGGUAGUGAAGCAUCCCCUUGGACCGGGGAAUUUUUAAAUCCAACAAGCAACAAAAAGGCAAAAUGGGUUUAUGAUGCAUCAACAGUGUGUGUGUACAUAGGGUUAUAAAGGGGUUUAAUGGUAUGCUUUGGAUUUUUUGGUUUUAUUGUAUGAAAAUGGUGGUGGUUCAGCUGUGUCAAUGCCUGCAGGCUGGACUACAGUGCUGGAUUUAUUCUGGUGAUAGGAAGGUCUUUGCUGCCCAAGGCUGGUAGGAGCCCACAGCCUCUCCGAAUCCUGGGGGGAAGCACUAAGAGCAGAGGUGGGAUUCGCCUCCAUUCUCCAGUACUUGGUUUGAUACAGAAUUGAUGCCUGUGAUGGAGCUGAUCCUCUGCUCCCCAUUGCCCGCCCAGGAGGGCAUUUGGGAAACAAAAGGACUGGGGAGCAGGAGGCUGCUGCUGGGAGCUGAGGACCACACCAUGCCAUCACCACUGCAUAAGACCCGUCUCUCACAUGAUGCUUAGUGGAACAAUUGCCCCAAGCCCAUUCUCCCCCUCUGCAGAUAUGUCAAGGCACAGAAUUCUCUACCAUGCUACAGUAAAAAAACACCAAAACCCAUAAACAUCCUUUGGAAAGGAAAAAGUCCUUUAAGCAGGGACAUCUUCCACCGCACUCAUCCCUUUUAAAGGGUGCUGAGGUACAAAGGAAAACACAGAGGAUUUGGGUGGGUGUCUGCAAGCCCAUCCCAGGCUUAAUUCAGAGCCCUGUUGUUUCUGUCCCUGGUUGGUUUUAAUGCCUCUUUGUAAAUAAUAUGUGGGAGGUUGGCACGUUAGGUGGAAUUAAUUGCCUGGGAAGUGGUCCUGGUCCAAGCAAGGGUUUCCAACAUAGACCCCAAACCCUCCAAAACCAUCAACCUCUUCCAUCUUAAAUUGAGGAAAAGGAGGAAAACUCCUUCCUGGGUCCAGAACACCCACGUAUGGGGGUUUUCUUACUAAAGGUGGUCCACAGAGAGGUGCUUGCAGGGAAUGGAGUGAUGCUGAGGAACAGGUUUGGGCUUGUCCCAGCACCAGGGGUAGGGGAGACUGGAAGGAAGGAGCCCCUCUGAUCACACAGGGAAGCUGUUCUUGGUUGUCAGCAUUCAAAAUAACCCUGGGCUGGGGUGGGUGGGGGUUUUACCCCCUUUUCAUUAACCUAUCGCAAGAAAAAUCACGGACACUCAGAAAUUCCUCAUUCCCCACAAGUUUAUACUUAUUAUUCUUUAUCUUUUUGGUAGCUGAACAGUUGGGAAAAUGGUACAACCUUGGUGGCACUCCCCAUCACCCCCAUGCACACACGUGCCUGCUCGUAGCCCUUAGCAGGCGCACCAUAGGUCUCCCAGGGUAUGUACAGUUGUACUUUAACCGUGAUUUGAAUGGUACAUUUCCUCUGCCCACCUCUCCUCCUGCCUGCUUCAUCUCUCGCUGUGUGGACCACCGCUCCCCCUGUUUCUGUUGGAAACGGUGCUCCGGGGCAAUGCUGCACCGUGUGAGUGAAUUCCCACCUUACAACUUUUGGUUGGUUGAUUUCAGCCCCAACCCUUUCUCUGCCAACCUUCCCCUUGGGUUUCUGCAUUUUUUCUGCAGAAACGAAGUAACCAGACCUGGUACCCUGAGUCUCAACCCACUGUGGAUGUGCUAUUUAGCAAAACACAUUUGUUGUAAUGUGUGUGUAUAUAUAAAUAUAUAUAUAUAAUGAAUAUAUCAAGAAUAUUUCUAAAUAAAGUUUUACAAAGCA